UGUAUAUAACGAGUAGCUCCCGAUCGCUCUGCCAGUGAUGCCCUAGCAUACAAUUGAUCCACUUUCAGUCAUCAUGCGGUCGCAAAAGCUCUCUCUGGCUGCGACGGCGCUUGUAAAUCAGGUCCUCGGACAAGCCUGCGCUGCUCCUCAAGGUGUAGGGGCAACCUUUCAGACACUGCAUUACAACAAUCUCGGCCCUGAAAAUAACGGGACGGCAUUUGUUGCUGUUCGCGAUAUCCUCGACCACAGUACAGCAGCUGCAGCCUGCUCCAAGAUUGGCGAAUCCCUGGUGACCAUAUCGGAGCUCUCCACCGCUCAUCGCGACGAACUACAACUUCAAUUGACCUAUUUAGUUGAAACCGACAAUCUUGGUGACGAUGUUGCUUUCUGGGUAAAGGAUGGUGGCAAAUGCUCAGCUUACACUGUCAAGUCCAGCAUUUCAGUAGAAGUUCAAUGCGACAAACGGCUACCCGCGCUGUGUACAUCCACAGUCGCCCCGAGCAGCGACACCAACCGCAAGCAUGAGCCUUCAUCUGAAGUGACAGUACCAUCUGGUGGGCUUAACAUCAAGGGAUACAGAGACAAACGAUCUUUCCGCUUCCUCGCUAUCCCGUACGCAGACCCUCCUGUCGACAAGCUGCGCUUCAUGGCUCCUCGCAACUACAGCGGCAAGGCAGAUAUUGAUGCCACUACGUUACCUGCCUCUUGCAUGCAGGCCGAAUCCCCAUACGGCGAUACUUCGAACGCUUCCGAGGACUGCCUAUAUCUCAACGUCUUCACACCCGUGGUACCCUCUAGCCGGCUUGCCAUUGUCAAGCAGCGCCCUGUCGCUGUCUACUUUUACGGCGGUGCCUUUGUCGAAGGCGCCAUUUCACUUAUCGACUACGACGGCGGUAACUUUGCCAGCCGUAGCGAUGUGGUCGUGGUCACAGUCAACUACCGUCUCGGCGCUCUGGGCUUCCUCGCGACAAACAGCCUUAUUGACGGCAGUAUGGGCAUCAAGGACCAAGUCCAAGCUCUGCGCUGGGUGCAGGACAACAUUGCUUCGUUUGGUGGUGAUCCAUCCAAAGUGACAAUCUUUGGCCAAUCUGCUGGUGGACAAAGCACAGUGGCACUGUUGUCGUCUUCUGCUGCAAAGGGCAUGUUCCGUGGCGCCAUUUCUCAGUCUGCGCCGGUCGAUCUACCUUGGUUCACCCGUGAGGUCUAUACGAAGCUCAUCACGCCUCAGGUUGCUGGCGCUGUCAAGUGUGGCAUUGAAUUGUCUGAAAAGGAUCUCGUCAAGUGCCUACAGUCAGCCCCCGCAGAGUCCUUCAUCAACAGUGCGCCGGGCAUGUCUCUUGCUUUGAACACUAUCAAGACAGCUGUGGCCAACGGAUACUUCCACUCGAGCACAUUUGUCGCUGCCAUUGAACCCUUCUUGCCUAUGGUGGAUGAUAACCACAGCGGCAUCAUUGAUGGCCAAUUCGACGAGCUCAUUCAGGCGGGCAAGCUGCCCUCUGCUGUCCCCGUCAUGUUCUCUACGGUUGCCAAUGAAGGCACUUUAUUCGUCAACCGUGUUCUCAAGGAGAGUAUUGGCAACAGUCAGGCUACAUUGGAUGCCGGACUACCUAUUCUUUUCCCACCAAAACUUGCAGCCAAGAUCCUCGCAUCUGGGGUGUUCCAGGUCGACAAAAACGACCCGGACGGUACUCGCAACAUGGUUGGUGAUCUUGUCACUUACUCAGAAUGGUCUUGCGCCCAAGGAUAUAUCCUCGACCACGCCGUCUCGGUAUUCCCGUCCGCUUACCAGGUUCAGAUUGGCAGCGGUCACCAACAGGCCAAUGCAAGCGAAGUCACCCCGACUUGCUUCCCCAACCACGACUAUAACGCAACGUGCCACACUGCUGAUGUUCUACCAGUCUGGGGCAAUCUCAACAGCAAGUCCAUCUCCGUUUUACCUUACUACAGCAAUGAUGACAUCUUGCACUCUCAAUUUAUGAACGACAUCUGGGGCUCCUUCUUCCACACGCUUGACCCAAAUCCCGAUUCCAAGGCAUUGGAGCGCCGAGGCCCCGCCUAUGCUUACACCAGUCGUGUAUUUGGUGCUGAUGGUUACAAGCUCAAGAAGCACACAAAAAAGGCUCAAAACGUGUCAUUCCUUUCUAUCCCGCCCAAGUAUGUCGAUAACCCUGGUGCUUCCAAGCAAUGUGCCGUCUUUACCGACAACGGGUAUACCUUUCAGCACGCGAGCUUUGGCAUCCUCGGUGGUAUUACUGGCCGAGCACUUCGAAGAUGGUUUUAUUGAGGGACUUGUAUAUCGGAAAAAUUAUAGGCUGUAGAUACUAAUGACUGAAACGCAUUUUUCCAUUACAAUAGACCGC